AUGGGGGAGAUUCGCAACGUUGCCAUUGCAGGGGCUUCCGGAGCCCUGGGCUCUCCUAUCUUUAACGCACUUCUGGAAAGCGAACUCUUCAAUGUGACUGUUUUGGCACGCCAGUCGUCUCAAGCACAAUUCCCGGCGUCUGUCAAGGUAGUCCGCGUGGAUUACAACUCGGUCCCAGACCUGACAGCGGCUCUGACCGGCCAGGAUGCCGUUGUCUCCGUCCUGACAACCAGUGCCAUGGAGACACAGAUCCCACUGAUUGAGGCCGCAGUGAAAGCUGGAGUGAGGAGGUUCCUUCCCUCCGAGUUCUGCGCCAACAUCGGCAAUCCCAAGGCAGCCAGUUUGCCUGUCUACCACUCCAAGCUCGCGAUACAUGAGGUCAUCCAACAACAGGCUCGGGAUCAUCCUCAUUUCACAUAUACUUUAAUUCGCAACGGGCCUUUCCUCGACUGGAGCAUGGCCUAUGGUUUCUUUUUCAGCCUCGAUGGAGGAUCGACUCCCUUAUACGACGGCGGAGACCGUCCGUUCAGUACAACCACCUUGGCCACAAUUGGCCGGGCCGUGGUAGAGGUCCUGCGUCACUCGGAAGAGACACGAAAUAGAGCGGUCUUUGUUCAAGACCUCGUCACCACCCAGCGAAAGAUGCUGGCUAUUGCCCAGAAGGUUGCACCGGAUCGCAAAUGGACCCCGAGUGAUGUGAGCACCGCCGACAUGGAGACCAUGGCGCGGGACAAAUACGCCAACGGGAUGAUCGAUCUGGCAGCCUCGAUGGGAUUCUUUUGUCGCUCGGUCUUUGGGGAAGGGUACGGGGAGAGUUCCAGGAGGUGGACAAUGAACUACUCGGCAUACCAUUGA